AUGGCGCCCACCAUUCAAGAGCCCACUAAAGAUGUACGCAUCAACAAAGCAAUACUCAAAGACCAGCAAAACAAGCACCCGGCCGUGCUCGCGAAGCUACGCAACGCCAUCCCAAUCGACUGCUAUCCCACGGUGGAAGCCUCACAACAGGACAUAUACUAUGGACGUCCGUUCUACCCCGGUAAAGUCCUCCUCGGUACAAACGAUGGUAGUCGCGUGUGGGGCUAUCUGCGCCGGAUAAUGAGUAAUCACAAGACGACGAUGGAAGUACACUACGAGGACAACCGCGGCGGCGACAAUACGGAUCAUACACCAUUUGCGCAGUCUCAGUUCGUACCAUGGUGUCGCCUUGUCGCAGAUGAUGCGUGUCCUCUUGGUACUGCAGCUUGGGAGGAGCGAUUGAAGAUAGUGAUCAAGAUCGUGAUGUUGGAGGCUGGCUACUCGGAAGCCACGGUCUCUGGUAUACCCGCCGAUCUACUCACAUCGAUACGGAAGAAUGUCGAGAAGGGUCUGAACAACGUAUCGCAAGCAGCUAGGCCAAGUAUACGAUCGUCGGCGGGCGCAAUAGCAGCUCCCGCUGCAUCGGCUUCCGCCCCCGGCCACACUGCAGAGGCCAAGGACAGUAUCGCACUUGAUGUGUCGAAGCCUCGACCGCAGAAGAAUACAGCGACACACUACAUCAAGGUAUUAAAAGACCUCAUCCCCGCCGAACAUUGGUUCCAGACGCGUCCCAUAACGGCCCAUGAAGAGCGAGCAAUCACCUUGUUAGAUCCCAACAGCAGAGAACACUUCGCCUUAUUCCCUGGUAAAGUCCUCCUAGGUCAUCUCCGUGACGCCGAAAACACACCAGUAUGGGCAGCGUUCCGUCAUCCCAAACCCACUGCCAAAAUACAGACACUGUCGGGACCGUGGCGCAUGUGCUUUUUCAAUGGUAGCCUGUUCGAGGUCCAACUGCCUGAAACACUAGACGGCGCCAUUGAUUUCGCGCCUGCGUUCCAGCUACUCACUGAGAGUAAAGACAACGUCGGUACACGCAAAAUCUGGUUUGCUAGAAUCAGCACGUGCGCACGUGUUGCGCUCAUCGACGCUGGACUCCAAGACGACGAGGGCUUUCAGACUCGAGUAGACGCACGACCUAAAGAGCUGGCGGCAGUGAUCAAGAAGGCGUGGGCGCGACUACGACGGACACUCCAAGCAGGUGGGCGGGAAGAGGCUUUGCCGACGCGAUACCGCCAGUACCGUACAGCGGACGCUUCUGCUGUAGACGCUAUAGCGCAUGGCCAAACACAAGCGCCUACCGUCACCCAAUCCAGAAAUGACGAACAGCAAGCAACGUCGCCCAGAGAAGAUCUCAUCCAAGACCUUAUCGAGAUAUCCGAAGACGAAGACGACAUCAUGGAAUCGGGCUACCAGCUCCGCGCAUCCAGCCCAUGGCCCACGUUCCCGAAGCGCGAACUCUUCACCCCAGCGCCCACCUCUUCCGCCAUGAACAAGAAACAAAAGAUCGCUCCGUCCAACCGCACUUCGUUGCUUGACUUCAUCAACCUGACUACUGCCAUCGACACCCCGGAUACCGCUGCGCUCGAGGAACAGGUCCGCACGUUGACUGAAGCCAAGACAUCUCUCGAAAACACUGUUGGUGAUAUGAAAGCACAGAUCAGCGACUACAAGACGAAGAGCCAUGAGUUGCAGGUGUUCAAGGCUAAGCAUGUUGAGCACUGCCAACCUGUGAUGCUCAAGUUGCUGACGCAGAGGAACAUGAGGAACGGGAUUAGUGAGGUGGAUGCAGAAAGGGAUGCGAAGACGGAGUAUACUCAGGUCUACGGUAUUGCGAUUGUGGAGGACAUUGGAGGAGAUUGA